AUGGCUCCGGUCGUACAUGUCGUUCUCUUCCAAUUCAAGGACGGUCAGACGCCCGAGCAACGUCAAGACCUCUGCGAUAAAAUGCUCAGUCUAAGGAAAAAGUGUCUCCAUCCUACUUCAAAGCGCCCGUACAUCAAAUCGUCCAUGGGUGGCUUGGACAGAAGUAUCGAAGGAUGCCAGCACGGCGCUACUCAUGCCUUUGUCAUUGAAUUUGAAAACGAGCAAGACCGCGACUACUACGUCAAUGAGGACCCUGCACAGGCUGAUUUUGUCCUCGAGGUUCUGCAAAGAUUGGACAAGGCUACUAUUCUUGACUUUUCUCCCGGCGUUUUUUGA